CUGAUUAUUCUAGUGAGUGUCUCAUGUUUUCAAAUGAAUAUGCAUCAUUUCAGUUUACAUUUUUGAAAUACCGGUAGGACUAAGCAUUGUGGAAUUCUGAAAUGGUCGUGUGUGAGUUUAUUCUUGUAAUCAUUGGACAAUAACAAUAUUUAUCACUAUAGUGCAUUUGUCCUCUUUGUGAGGUGCGCUUUGAGGAAGCAUUAACUAGGAACAGUUCUUACCAGCGACGUUCUCAUCGGGACUAUUUUAAGAGAUGGACGACCAAGGGUGUCCGAGAUGCAAGACAACAAAAUACAGGAAUCCGUCCCUGAAACUGAUGGUGAACGUUUGUGGCCACACGCUAUGUGAGAGCUGUGUGGACAUGCUGUUUGUGCGCGGCUCGGGGAACUGUGUGCAGUGCGACACGCCCCUGAGGAAGAGUAACUUCCGCGUGCAGCUCUUUGAAGACCCCGCUAUCGACAAGGAGGUGGAGAUCCGCAAGAAGGUGCUCAAGAUUUACAACAAGAGAGACUUUGACUUCUCCAGCUUGAGAGAAUACAAUGACUACUUGGAGCGAGUGGAGGAGAUCGUCUAUAACCUGACCAACAACCUAGAGGUGGAGGGGACUAAACAGAUCAUGGAGGCUUACCAGAGAGAGAAUAGAGACAUCAUCCAGAAGAACAAGGCCAAGCUGACUCGAGAGCAGGAGGAGUUGGAAGAGCUGCUGUUGUUGGAGCAGCAGGGGAACGAGCAGCGCAGGCUGGAGACUCUGCAGGAGGAACAGAGACAGUUACAGGCCAAGAGGAAGAGCAAGCAGGCUCUACUGGACGAACUGGAGCGCUCUCAUGUCCCCGCCACUAUCCUGCUGGCCCAACACAAGGACCGGGCCGCCCAGCUGGAGACCCAGAUUGAGAAGCAGAAACAGGUGGUCAAAACCACCAUCUUCUCCACCGGCAUCCCUAUGGGUCAGACUGUGUCGCUGCUGUCGGUGGCCCGGUUAGAGGAGGAUCUGUACCUCUACCAGCCCAUCCACAUCCACACCUACGGACCCCCCGUGCCUGAGCUGGAGCAGCUGGGACGACUCGGGUAUCUGAACCACGUGCGUACUGCCCAGCCCCAGGACAUGGCUGGAGGAUACAACUCAGGACUGGCGUGUCAUCGAGCCAUCCAGGAUGCCUUUAGUGGGCUCUUCCCUCCACUGGGCUGACCCCUCUAAAACUGAGAGAGGAGCUCAGAAAUAUGAGGCUGUCAAUAUGAACUCUUUUCUCAGGACUCAAAUCACCACCCUGCUCUACAUUGUGGAGGGAGCCAUAGACCGCUAUGGAUGGUGGACUAUAGUCUGAAGUCAGACCAGAAUGUAUAUGUUGCUAUUUUUUUAAAUUAUCUUUUCAUUUUUAUUAAAAUAAAUAUAAAAACACAUUAAGCCAGUUGUGGUCUGACCCUUGUCCUGUUUGUUGGAUAAUAAAACUAUUGAAACAAUGCCUUAUUGUUGGACCUGGAUAAUGGACCAGUAUUUGAAAUAGUCAACAACACAUACCA